CGGUAGUUGCUCGAUGCAAUCGGCAAGUCGUCUGACAGCAGCAGGAGCAGCUACGAUAUUAAUCGAAUUUGGUUUUAGAGCGUCUCUUAAUCUGUGCAAACUUGGCCAAUUUAUUAGAAAGACAACUUGAUACACACAAAAUAAAAGAAUGGCAGGAAUUCGGGCCUUAUUGGAUUAGCCUUCUCAGGCUCUAUCGGAAUGACUUUUCUUGUUCUGGCUUGUGCCUUGCCUCAGUACAGCAACUGGUGGCCAUUUUUCAUGGUAGCAUUUUACCUGUUGGCACCCUUCCCAGUUGUCAUUUCACGAAGGUAUGGAGAUGGAACAGGAAACACAAAUCCCUGUCGUGAAAUUGCCAUGUUCAUAACAGCAGUCAUUGUUGUGUCUGCCUUUGGUCUACCCAUCAUCCUAGCAAGAGCCCCAGAGUUGACGCCAGUGAUCAUGUGGGGAUCAGCAGGUCUGGUUAUCACGGCCAACAUAAUCGUCUUUCUCACUAUCUUGGGAUUUUUCAUCGCUUUCGAUAACGACGAUGUGGAUUACAGUAUGUGGUGAGAAUCCUUGUCCAAGGUGCCAACAAGUCCACAUCUCUGUAAAUAGGGCAAUUAACUUUUCGGUUUGUUUUGCCUUCAUCUCUUAAAAAUAUGGUCUCGAAUUCGUCGAGCAGACAUUUCCUUUCUAUCAUUUCUUUUGUCUUAACAAACCGUUUAAUCUAUAAGCGCUUUCACCUCCCAUCUUAAUCGCCUGAUAUUUGAGAAAAGAAAAAAAGGAAAACUUUUUCUUUUGUUUUGUUUCAUAUAAACACAUUUCUUGUAUUGUGUUGUUGGUUGUCCAGAGGAUCACGUUGACGACGCGUUAACAUAAUAUACAACUUCAAAUACAAA